CUCUUAAGGAUUAUAAAAACCAAAACGAUGAUGAAUUUUGAUGUUGUCUGUCUUCGCCAUCUACACAUUUAAAUGCAGUGAGACGAACCUCAUCGCAGCAUAGCUGAAGAUGGGCCAUCUGGGCUUCCAGGCUUUGGCACUGAUGGUGCUGGUGACGUUGCCACAUGCCGGGCUCUCCUGCCCACACCCUUGUGCCUGCUACCUGCCCACAGAGGUCCACUGCACCUUCCGCUCCCUUCUUACGGUGCCUGCCGGAAUCCCCAAGCACGUGGAGCGCAUGAAUCUAGGGUUUAACACCAUAAAUAGAAUCACUGAGAGCUCCCUUGCUGGAUUAAGAAAACUGGAACUACUUAUGAUGCAUGGAAAUGACCUACAUAAUAUCCCCAAUGGAGUUUUUAGAGACCUGAUGUCACUGCAGGUGCUGAAGAUGAGCUACAACAAACUGAGGGUGAUCACAGGUCUCACCCUCCAAGGGCUAACAGGCUUGAUCCGACUGCACCUGGACCACAACCGCAUCGAGUUCAUCCACCCGGAUGCCUUCCAGGGCCUGACCACCCUGCGUCUGGUCCACCUAGAGGGCAACCACCUCCAGCAGCUCCAUCCUGCCACCUUCAGCACUUUCUCCCUCCUGCAGCACUUCCGUAUCUCCACACUCAAGCACCUAUAUCUGUCCGACAACAGCCUCACCACGCUACCCAAGCAGAUGCUGAAAGGCAUGCCCCAGCUGGAGAAUCUCUUCCUGCAUGGGAAUCCCUGGACCUGUGACUGCAAGAUGAAGUGGUUCUUGGACUGGAGUGCACAUUCCCCAGGUGUGCUGAAAUGUAAGAAGGACAAAGCGUAUGCAAAAGGUCAGCUUUGUCCAAUGUGUUCUUCGCCAAAGCCUCUCAGGAAGAAGGAUAUCUUAGAUCUGGAGGAUCUCACCUGCAGGGGUCCGGUCAUCAGUUCCCUCCAGAAGGAGGCCACGUCUGAGGACAAUGAGAGUGAACUCCUGCCCUUAGAGGACUUCAGGGAUUCUUUUGGGAACAUGACACUAAACCUGACGGAUGAGCAUGGGAACAAAGUGGAUCUGGACUGCAUAAUCAGUGAGCCCAGGGAGUCCACCAAAAUCAGCUGGGACUACAUCAACUCCCAGCAGAUUGCUGCCAACAUGAGCCUCUUCCUGGAUCUGGAGUGUCCAAUAGAUCGGGUUAACUAUGAGAAACUAUGGAAACUCAUUGCAUACUACAGUGAGGUUCCUGUACACUUGCAGAGAGAGAUCAUGCUGAGCAAAGAGCCCAAGUUAAGCUACAGGUACAGGCAAGACAUAGAAAAGGAUGCAUAUUAUUACACUGGGGUGAGGGCUAAUGUGUGGUCCCAGCCACCCUGGCUCAUGCAGUCAUUUCUCAACCUGCAACUGAACCGACCCCAGUCAACUGGGAAGAGCGUGAAAUUAAUCCUCAGUACUCACACCACACAGAUUGUGGAGACUGAGAUGAUGAGAAGGCAGAGGAGGAAGUGGGUCAUGAUAGAGUCCAAUAACAAGACCAGAACUGUGCAGAGCACUGUGGUGGGUGGCAUGAGUGAAAUGGAUUGCAACAUCCUGAGCUCUGGAGAGCACUCCAUUCAGUGGAUGCUGCCAGACGGCUCCAGGGUGGUGGCACCUUAUAACAGCGCAGACAAUCGCGUUUCUGUAUCCAGCACAGGGAGGCUGGUUAUCAAAGCGGUGGACCACUCAGAUGCCGGUGUGUACUACUGCAUAGCACAGGUGAGGGAUGACCUUGACGUUCUUCCUUUCCGCCUCUCAGUGCAGGAGUCUUCAGGCCCGCCCCCUGGAGGCGAAGGCGGUGCACCUGUGGACAGUUCUGUAGGUGAACCCGUCUCUCUGCCGUGUGUGGCCUCUGGUACACCAGAUGCAGAGGUGAACUGGAUUCUGCCAGACGGCAACAUUGUGAGCUUCAAAGCAAACUCAUCCCGAGCUUUUGUGUAUUCAAAUGGAACAUUGUUCAUACCACAGAGUCAACUGAACGAUAAUGGAUAUUACAAAUGUGUAGCUGUGAACCAGCAUGGCAUAGAUUCCCUGGCCACAAAGGUGACCCUCACAAGGCGGCAAGGGGCACGGCCUCUGAGAAAGUUUCCUAUGAGGCCUCAGCCAGCUGAAGGCGUUUCAACAAAAAAAGCCUUAGUGGAGGAUAAUGAGGAGUCAUCUGGUGAUGAUGAUAUUCAGGAGAAGGUGCCCUCUAGACGAAUGGAUCUGAUAAGCCGAAGGCGUGGCCAGAAGCCUAACACACGUGGACAUCCAUUUAGAAAUUCCUGGAGACGAGUCCAAGGACAGAGAAAGCCAAUCCGGAAAGGUUCCCGUGUCGGAGAUGGAAGGAACACAGUGGAGAAUAGAAGAAGAGUUAGCAUGUCUAAUAAGAAAAUAGAUCCCCAGCGAUGGGCUGACAUUUUGGCCAAGAUUCGUGAUAAAAGUGAUCCAAAAACCACAACCUCCAUUUCAGUCCAAACCAGCACAGUGCCACAGUCCAAGCCCAUUUCAACGACUGGUGAAAGGGAGCUUGAAUCUCAGGAGAACACAGAAGGAUCUUCUGUUGAUGAUACAAGCUUGCAGGAGAGAUUGUUUGUAAUCACCACUCCACAAAUUCCAGUGCAGCAUGCUCAGGACCGCCUGGUCACUGAGCCCUCAUAUUCAGAGGACAAGACUAACAGCAUUCACCAAAUAUCUGCACCCAAAACUAACAUUGACUCAGACACUGUGACAACCAGCACUCAUAUUUCACAACCCACAUCUGGUCCACAGGAGUCCAAUUAUAUUGUCACAGACUUAAAGACUGAAGGGGAACAGAGUGAAAACAUCUUAAGGACCAGUACAGCCUACAAUGUGGCUUUAUGGGAAAGUCAAAGUGAUACAAUGGAAAGCAACCCAGCUUCUACAGUUCCUAAUUUCCCUCUCCAUUCUGAAAGCAAUCAAGAGUCUGAAGGGCCAAGGAAUAAUAGACCUAGUAAUGGAAAAACCACAGAACGUCACAAUGAGGCCUAUGAAGGGAGAACUGAACAAAUAAGUCAGUCAUUAUCUGUAGAUAAUUUUGACCCGGACCCAAAUGCAGAAAACAAUGCAGAAGGUAAUGAUUUUUCUAGGAUAACAUCAGCACUACCACUACCAACAACAACAACAACAUCAACAAUGGUUAUUCUUGAAACUACACUGAAGAAUGUAGCAGAAGAUAAACAGAAAAGUCAGCAACUUGGACUGCUUACUACCGCUGCUCCAACCACCAAACCCACUGCAGCUGGCAGCACUGGAGAGGAACCUCACUCCAGCUCUGUCCCCUCACGUUCCAGAAACCCAUGGAAUUCAAGGAGGAGGUUUGGUGGCAGGAGACGACCCAACAGAAUAAGAAUGAGGCCAAACAACGCCCACCCAUCCCCACGCUUCUCCACUGCUAGGCCACGCCAGCCCUCAGCAUCCACACAUGGGAGAGCCCCCACCCCAACAGUCAUUGCAACCACAGUUCCAUCUCCUGAAAUAGAAACAUCAGUGAAUGCCAAGAGCACAGUCACUAAACCUACUGUCACUCAGUCUACCACUGAAUGCCAGACUUCAUCGGGCAAAACAACAAAACAGCAGGACACUGUUGUGUCAAGCAUCCCACCACCGUAUAUUUUCACAAGUACCUUGUCAGUAACACAGUCUCCACAAACUUCUGUGGGUCUGGUCACAGGACAUGAGCAGACAAGUGAACACAAAGUAGCUACUGAGGCACUUCCAUCUUCAUUGCCAGGCCAUGAAACUGUUACUUUGGCAGCAGGUCAGGAAGAAUUUACAAGCAAAAGUCAUCUGGAAGUUAAACCUUUUGAAGAGACUCACAGUGAAAACACUGCUGUAGACGUCAGCUCCAUGCCAGGGCCUGGCAGGACCACGCAUAACUCCCACAUCCAACCGGGAGUGCAACCGGAAAAAGAUCUCAUCAAAAUAUACAAUAAGCCUAAAAUCCCAGAUUCUGAGGUGACGCCAGAUAAUAAAGAAUUAGCACUGUGGCCCGUGUCCUCUUCUAACCCGAGAAGGCCUACAAACAUCCAACAUGAAGUCACCAAAGUACACGAUUCACAAACAAAACCAGGUGUAUAUGAAGAAACUUUGGACAGGCAAGAAAAAAUACCUUCUAUACAGAUACCAACAAAGAAACCAAUAACACCAGUCAAUUAUAAUCAAGGAUCUGGUCCUAUCAAAACAACACCCACUCCCGUAAAACCUAAACCUUCCGUUACCAGAGAAUAUGAAGUAACCAUGAACAGUACCCCACCCAGAAAACCAGUGUCAGUAGCAAGUGAAGAAAAGGACUUAUCACCCAUGAAGAAUAAUAUCCUUAUAGUAACAACAAAUAAAACUAUGACAACCACAUCAACUGCAACAACAACAGGAGUGCUCACCAGAACAAGAUCAACAGUAACUCCCAGACUGAAUCAGAAUGCACAGCUGCCUGACUCACACUCCAACAGACAGCAACCUGGACUGUCUCACAAUACAAGGAACAUUGGAGGAAAUUACAUACCAGACAGGCAUAGUGGAAGAGUAUCUAGCACCAACCAGAGGUACCCGUAUUACCCAAAUAACAGAAACACCCUUGUCAUUAGCAGGCCUGAUCCCUUCAGAACACCUGACAGGACAAGACCACCUGCCACAAACCCCACAAACAUAGCAAUAGGCCCCAAGCCAGGUUCAGUCAACAAUGUCCAGCCAACCACCCCAAGAUCAGUAAAUUCAAGAGCUCCCACAAGUCCACCAGCUGUUCAAAAGAUGACAUCUAGUCCCUCAAAAACAACACCACCUUCAAAGUCCACUGUUCAGCCUCAAGUGAUUCAGGGCACUAGACCCAGACUACCAAACACUCCAUCUUUCCCAAAUACUGCAAUCCUGUUGAAUGUGACGAGAGACUCUUCCAGAAGCCCUGUGGUGCCAGUUCAAAGAGGGAGACCCAGGAUCACCACCACCAACCUUCACACUGUGUCAGUGCAUGCAGAGAUGGACGCUGCGCUGCCCUGUGACACUGUGGGGGAGCCCAAACCCUUCCUCACCUGGACUAAAGUUUCCACUGGAGCCAUCAUGGCACAGAACACUAGAGUCCAGAGAUUUGAGGUUCAGGCCAACGGGACAUUUGUCAUCCGAAAUGCCCAGCUUCAGGACCGUGGGCAGUAUCUGUGCACAGCCCAGAACCAGUACGGGGUAGAUAAGAUGAUGGUCACACUGGUGGUGCUGGCUCAGCAGCCCAGGAUGAUGCAGCCGCACCAUCAGGACGUGACAGUGUACCUAAGCGACAGCACCAACCUGGAGUGCCAGGCACAGGGGCUCCCCACACCGCAUAUCACCUGGGUGCUGCCCGACAGGGGCGUGCUGCGGUCCGCCAGUAGCACCGAGCAGCGGGUCAUGCUCUUGGCCAACGGGACCCUCCGGAUCAAGCACGUCAGCUACCCAGACCGAGGGAUUUACAAAUGCAUAGCGAGCAACGCCGCCGGGGCUGACACGCUGUCCGUGCGUCUCCACGUGGCAGCCCUGCCCCCUAUGAUCCAACAGCAGCGGCAGGAGAACUUCACACUUCCCGAGGGGCAGACAGUCUACAUCCAUUGUACCGCCAAGGGCGCCCCCCAGCCCAGCAUCCGCUGGAUCAUCUUUGAUGGGACACAGAUCCGCCCCUCGCAGUUUGUCAACGGCAACCUCUUUGUGUUCCCCAAUGGGACGCUGUACAUCCGCAACCUGUCGCCCAAGGACAGCGGCAACUACGAGUGCAUGGCCAGCAAUGCUGUGGGGGCCACCAAGAGGACCAUCAGCCUUCUGGUGCGAAAGAGCGCCUCCACGGCCAAGAUCACCUCCACCUCGCCACAGAGGACUGACGUCUCGUACGGGGGACAGCUGCGUCUGGACUGCAUUGCCUCUGGAGACCCGGGACCCAGAAUCAUCUGGAGGAUUCCCUCCAAAAAGCUGGUGGAUGCCCAUUACAGUUUUGAUCCCAGGAUCAAAGUCUUCAGUAACGGCACACUGUCAAUCCGAGCAGUAACAGAAAAGGAUGAGGGGGACUACUUGUGCGUAGCCAGAAACAAGAUGGGGGAUGACUAUGUACUCUUGAAGGUCAGUGUCAUGAUGAAGCCAGCCAAGAUUGAAUACAAGCAGCUGGCCAAUCAAAAGGUGACAUAUGGAGGAGAUCUGAAAGUGGACUGCAUUGCGUCUGGCCUUCCUAACCCAGAGAUCAGGUGGGGCCUGCCAGAUGGCACUAUGGUGAACAGCGUCAUGCAGUCUGAUGACAGCGGGGCACGGACCAGGAGAUAUGUGGUCUUCGACAAUGGGACGCUUUACUUUAACGAUGUGGGAAUGAAGGAAGAGGGUGACUACACAUGCUAUGCUGAGAAUCAGAUCGGCAAGGACGAGAUGAAAGUCCACAUCAAGGUUGUGGCCGAUUCCCCAGUCAUCAAAAACAAAACGUAUGAGGUCAUCAAAGUCCCCUAUGGGGAUUCCAUCUCCCUGAAAUGCAGUGCCAAGGGAGAACCAACACCAACCAUCUCUUGGCUCUCCCCUACUAACCGCAUCAUUCCACCUUCAUCAGACAAGUACCAAGUACAUAAUGAUGGGACACUUCUCAUUCAGAAAGCCCAGAGAUUUGAUAAUGGAAAUUACACAUGUAUGGCCAGGAACACUGCUGGGCAGGAUAGGAAGGUCAUCAGGGUGGAGGUUCUAGUCUCCCCACCCACCAUCAAUGGGUUAAGAAGCAUGGCAAACACAGUCAGGGAAACAGCUGUUAGGGACCAGCGCAAGCUCCUGGACUGCAAGGCGGAGGGGAUGCCCAUCCCUCGAGUCAUGUGGGUUCUGCCUGAAAAUGUUGUCCUUCCUGCACCGUACUACGGGAGCAGAAUAACGGUCCACCGCAAUGGAACUCUGGACAUUCGCUCCCUGAGGAAGACAGAUUCAGUUCAGCUCGUCUGCAUCGCACGCAACGAAGGGGGUGAAGCCCGCUUGGUGGUCCAACUGGAUGUGACAGAGUUUACAGAGAGACCACAGCUCAGAAGCCUCAAAACUGAAACCGUCUCCCUCACUGUUGGCAGUGCAAUGUCUGUGAACUGUUCUGUCGAGGGCAAGCCAACUCCAGAGAUAACCUGGAUCCUUCCCAACGGCUCCCCACUUCUAAGUGGUACUCAAUUUUCUAGAUUCUUCCACGGGCCAGAUGGCACCCUGCACAUCAGCAACCCCUCAGCAUCUGACGCCGGGCUUUACCGAUGUGUGGGCCGGAAUGCAGCCGGACACGUCGAGCGGACUGUCACCCUUGAGCUGGGGAAAAAGCCAGACAUCAGCAACAAGUACAACUCGUUAGUGAGCAUCAUCAAUGGAGAGAACUUACAGCUCCACUGCCUGUCCAAUAGUAACCCUCUGCCCAAGCUAUCCUGGACACUGCCCAGCGGCCUCGUUCUGACCAGGCCCCAAAGAAUGGGACGCUAUGCAGUUCUGCAGAACGGCACCCUUAUGGUCCAGCAAGCCUCGGUCUAUGACAGGGGCACAUAUUCCUGCAAGACCGUGAAUGAGUAUGGGAGCUCGCUUCUGACCGUGCCCGUGAUUGUGAUAGCGUACCCACCUCGGAUCACCAGUGGCCCCGCCCCGGUGACCUACGCCAGGGUGGGUGUGGCUAUCCAGCUGAACUGCAUGGCCAUCGGCAUCCCCAAAGCAGAGGUGGUGUGGGAGAUGCCUGAUAAAACGCAGCUAAUGGCCACCCAUCAGCCUCGACUCUUUGGCAACAAAUACUUACAUCCACAAGGCUCUCUAGUCAUCCAGAACCCAUCCAGCAGAGACACCGGUUUCUAUAAGUGCACUGCCAAAAACGUCAUAGGAAUGGACACCAAAGCCACAUAUGUACAUGUUUUUUGAUUAGCAGACACAUAUAAUUUCACCAAUGCCCAAGAAACUGCGGAGCUCAGUGCAGCAAAUACUGUUUAUGCAGAUAUAUUUUGAAAACUGAAGUAUUGUU